CUGGAUCAGGCGUAUGGGUGCGGCACUUACUACCCCCCUUUCUCACCCAGACCGACUGAGAUCGUCGAUCUCCAGGAAUGUCCUCAGAUGCUCCUGGGCCGCCCGGGGAGCGGGAGCGGGGAUGACCUGUGCAACCAGAGUAAUUGGAUCACCACUGGCAGCACCAUAGCGAAGAGUACCGCAUACAGUGCCUGCCCGGAGGGUAUGACGGGCGUAAGUUCCGACACAACAACAUAUAACGACAUUACCGUCGAGAACACAGUCUGCUGCCCCACCGCCUACGACUUCUUCAACGCCGACUACAAGCCCACUACUUUGCCCACCGUCGUUGACGGCACGACGUACCCUGUGACAUAUCAGACGUCGAACGCGUAUUGCAAGGCGACUUCCAUCAAGCAGUUCUCGGGCCAAAAGGUGACGGCGACCGUCGUAGCCUCCCCCACACCCACCACGACCGAGGUGGAAUGGGACUACGAACACGGCUACCUCCUCGCGCCAGCAGCUGCCCGAAUCCAAAAGUACAUCUACACGAACGGACAUGGCACGAUCGCGAGCUGCUUCGGUUCCACUCACUGCUCCGUAAACACCAACCCGAUCGAACCGCGGCCGACCUACGCCCCGUACGGCACUUACGUCCCACCACCCGUGACGUCGGUCGCCCGGUUCACCCCCGCCGCCUCCUGCCUCGCAGAAUCCAAUCUAUGGCUCGUAUCGGACCGAUGCUCCCUCACCACCGCACCCCGAGAGCCCCCCUGGCUCCAAUGCACGCACACGGUAGCCGGCGACCCCGACCCCGGCCGCGCGGACUGCUACCCGGGCGCGUCCACCGUGAUCAGCGGCACGCCCACCUACUACACGGGCUGCCCGGCCGGGUACACGACCGUCAGCACCACGCGAUCCUUCCCCUGGACCACGGCCGGCGAGCCGGCGUCGGCCGAAGCCAGGCGCGUGACCUGCUGCCCGUCCGCCCUCCACGGCGACAUGACCUUCACGCACACGUCGCCCGGGUGGAGGUCCACGACCGUCCACGACGGCACGACCCACACCGUCAGCAGCCGCCGGACCCCGCCCUACUGCGUCGCCAGAGCGGCCGUCCCGCAGGCCGACGACGACCGGACCGUCACGCUGGGCCUGUACUGGAACGGGCCCGACGAAGGGCGCGGCCGCACGUACGACGGCUCGUCCGAGGUCGUGUGGCAGGCGGGCGCCGACCUGACCGUCUACGCGCACCCGGUCACUGUCCGUUCGACCGUGUUCCACGGAACGCAUACCUGCUUUGACGCGGCGGAGUGUAGAAGGUAUUUUACGUAUUCGAUUAGCAAUACCAUGGGGUCGGGGGUUGUGGUGGCGACACCGACGCCGACGGGGGGUGGUGGUGGUGAGGGUGAGGCGGCGUCGUCUUCGUCGACUGGUGGUGCGGUGGCGGCGGUGGCGAGGGGGGAUGGGCGGGUUGGGCUGGUGAGCGUGGUGGUUGUUGUGACGGUUAUUGUGAAUGUGGCUCUCGGGGGGUUGGUCUGA